AUGAAUGUGUGCGACUGUGUGAAGGAGAGUCUGUGGGAUCCAACCCUUUCUGACUGUGUGGAGGAGAGUCUGUGGGAUCCAACCCUUUCUGACUGUGUGGAGGAGAGUCUGUGGGAUCCAACCCUUUCUGACUGUGUGAAGGAGAGUCUGUGGGAUCCAACCCUUUCUGACUGUGUGGAGGAGAGUCUGUGGGAUCCAACCCUUUCUGACUGUGUGAAGGAGAGUCUGUGGGAUCCAACCCUUUCUGACUGUGUGAAGGAGAGUCUGUGGGAUCCAACCCUUUCUGACUGUGUGGAGGAGAGUCUGUGGGAUCCAACCCUUUCUGACUGUGUGAAGGAGAGUCUGUGGGAUCCAGCCCUUUCUGACUGUGUGAAGGAGAGUCUGUGGGAUCCAACCCUUUCUGACUGUGUGAAGGAGAGUCUGUGGGAUCCAGCCCUUUCUGACUGUGUGAAGGCAGCGUCUGGUGAAUAUUAA